AUGGAGAAACAAGUCCUUUUUAAAUAUAACGAUCAAAUGGGUCAUGUGGGCCCUGCUAAAACUAAAGAGGUUAACAGUAGAACGUAUUGGUUUUCGAAUUUAAAUGAGAAAGUGGACAAUUACAUGCGAAAUUGCUUGAAGUGUAUCUCCUUUUCACCUACUACUGUAAGAGCCGAAAGAUAUUUACAUAUUUUCCCUAAGGGUAACGUGCCUUUUGCGACUGCACACAUUGACCACUUUGGUCCUGUUGAUAAUUCAAAUGCGAAAGUAGUCAAGAAAUACGUGUUCCUUGUCGUCGAUGCGUUCACAACAUUCGUUAAAUUGUAUGCCACGAAGACGACUUCGAGCUAG